UGUCCUGCUGCGCCAGCUGUGCGCCCCCUGCCCGCUGGGAUCGGGGGUGGGGGUGGGGGUGGGGGCGCGCUUCCGGGGACAGGAGGCCCCGGGCGUUCUGGAACCCCGCCUGGCUGCUCUGGCAAGUCUUUCCUGGCCCCUGCCUUGCACAGCCCCUCUCCAGACUUUACGGUCCAGAAUGUGAGUAGCCACCCCACCCCACCCCCGCCGCCAGUGAUCCAGCUCCCUCUGCAUCCUUCCAGACCGCUCCACCCCUCGCACACCCUUUGUCCUGGCGUUUCCAGUUUGGGUCGCCCCUCUCUCCUCCUUCGCUGAUGUCUUCCUCUUUCCACUUCCCCUUCUCCGAAGACAGACCUUUGCCCUUUUGACAUUUGGUCUGCUCUAGUCCGAAUGCGGCGGACGACUGUAGUCUUCUCCCGCCUCGGCCUGGCCCGCUGGGCUCCGUCCGACUAGGACUGGUGGGGCGGCCGACGACGGGGGGAUCAGCCCCGAGGACCUGCCCCCAUCGAUGCCACCCACCUUCCCUAACUCACCCGUAGGCAACCCCAUUCUCCCUACCCUCUGAUUCCUCCUGGUUCCAGCGUGAGAAAGUCCCCUUCGACAGCCCUCAAGUUGCGUGGGGGCCCGAGCGAGGGAGAGGGGGACAAAGGGAGACCUUGUCUCGGGAGAUUCCUGGGAGAGGACGCCUGAGCUCACAGUGGAUGAGGCGGUGCAUCGAUGGGGGUGGGAGGAAGCUGGGAGGGGCAAACCCGGCUGUUGUCGCCCCCCAACCGCCCUGAGGCCCACUGGAGCAGAGGCGAGUCGCAGAGGAAGUAUUUUGACCACAGUGAGUCAGAAAUAGAUCCAGUCCGCCAUCACCCAGUCAGUCGCAACAUCCUCCCUUGUUUGGGUGCUGGGAAGUGGAACCUAUGUUAAAGACUGUUCCCUGCCCCCCCCCCCCCCCCCCCACCUCAGGAGGCAAUCACGAGUGAUAAGGAAAACUUUGGCCCUGUCAUAAGACACACCCUACACCCAGCAUGGCACUGAGGCCAUCCAGGGGCACCCAGCACAGGGAGGCUGUGGGGUGAGAUGGGGCAGUAGGUGUGCCCAGCAGCAGGAGUUGCAAGUAUUAGGGUCUGUCCCUGUCUGCACAGCAAGGAAAGCUCUCCUCCUGGGCAGCCUGCCCGCUCCACAUCUGAGAAAUUCCCACAAGCCCUGCUUCCAGGGCCUCCAGAAGGCAGGUAAGAAUUCCUGCCGCUUCUGCCCCCUGGGCCUCAGAGAUGGAGCAAGGCUUGGAGGUCCCUGGACAGGAAAGCUGAGCUGGGGACUCUCUGGCUUCCUGUGUGCCCUCUGUGUCCAGGAUUGCUGAUGUUUCAUUUCCAAAUUUGGCAGAUUUCACUUGGAGUGGAAGGGCUAGUGGCUGUCUCUGGAACAGAUCGGGAGCGGGCUGGAGAGAGGAGUAGAGCCAGACAGGGGGGGACCCAGAGCUCCAGCCUACUUUCUUCUCCUCCCCUUCCUUUCCCUUCCUCCUUUUUUCAGCCUCCUCCCCUUCUUUUCCCUCCUUCUCUCCAGCUGCCACGUGCCUCUGCCUAGCUGCUCCCCUCCCUGGGAGCCCCAAGAGCCUGCAUGGCCUCACCCACCUCCACCAACCCAGCACAUGCCCAUUUUGAGAGCUUCCUGCAGGCCCAGCUGUGCCAGGAUGUGCUGAGCAGCUUCCAGGGGCUAUGCAGGGCCCUGGAGCUGGAGCCUGGUGGGGGUCUGUCCCAAUACCACAAGAUCAAGGCCCAGCUCAACUACUGGAGUGCCAAGACGCUGUGGGCCAAGCUGGACAAGAGAGCAGGGCAGCCUGUCUACCAGCAGGGCCGGGCCUGCGCCAGCACCAAGUGCCUGGUGGUGGGUGCUGGCCCUUGUGGGCUGCGGGCUGCUGUGGAACUGGCACUGCUAGGGGCACGUGUGGUGCUGGUGGAAAAGCGCACCAAGUUCUCUCGCCACAACGUGCUCCACCUCUGGCCCUUCACCAUCCAUGACCUUCGGGCACUCGGUGCCAAGAAGUUCUACGGGCGCUUCUGCACAGGCACCCUGGACCACAUCAGCAUCCGGCAGCUUCAGCUGCUUUUGUUGAAAGUGGCAUUACUGCUGGGGGUGGAAAUUCACUGGGGUGUCACUUUCACUGGCCUCCAGCCCCCUCCCAAAAAGGGGAGUGGCUGGCGUGCCCAGCUCCAGCCCAACCCCUCAGCCCAGCUGGCCAACUAUGAAUUUGAUGUCCUCAUCUCUGCUGCUGGAGGUAAAUUUGUCCCUGAAGGCUUCACAGUGCGAGAAAUGCGCGGCAAACUGGCCAUAGGCAUCACGGCCAACUUUGUGAACAGGCGCACCGUGGAGGAGACACAGGUGCCUGAGAUCAGCGGUGUGGCCAGGAUCUAUAACCAGAGCUUCUUCCAGAGCCUGCUCAAAGCCACAGGCAUUGAUCUGGAGAACAUUGUCUACUACAAGGACGACACUCACUACUUCGUGAUGACAGCCAAGAAGCAGUGCCUGCUGCGGCUGGGGGUGCUGCGUCAGGACUGGCCGGAGACCGACCGGCUGCUGGGCCGUGCCAACGUGGUGCCUGAGGCUCUGCAGCGCUUUGCUCGGGCAGCUGCUGACUUCGCCACCCAUGGCAAGCUCGGGAAGCUGGAGUUUGCCUUGGACGCCCAUGGGCGGCCUGAUGUUGCUGCCUUUGACUUCACGAGCAUGAUGCGGGCAGAGAGCUCUGCUCGAGUGCAGGAGAAGCAUGGCGCCCGCCUGCUGCUGGGGCUGGUGGGGGACUGCCUGGUGGAGCCCUUCUGGCCCCUGGGCACAGGAGUGGCUCGGGGCUUCUUGGCAGCCUUUGAUGCAGCCUGGAUGGUGAAGCGGUGGGCAGAGGGCGCCGGGCCCCUACAGGUGUUGGCAGAGCGUGAGAGCCUGUACCAGCUCCUGUCACAGACAUCCCCAGAAAACAUGCACCGGAACGUGGCCCAGUAUGGGCUGGACCCAGCCACCCGCUACCCCAACCUGAACCUCCAGGCUGUGACCCCCAAUCAGGUACAAGACCUGUAUGACGUGGUGGCCAAGGAGCCUGUGCAGAGGAAGAGUGACAAGACAGAUGCAGGAAAGCCGGUGACUGGGUCGGCGGGCACCCAGGAGGAGCUGCUACGCUGGUGCCAGGAGCAGACAGCUGGGUACCCUGGUGUCUAUGUCACCGACCUGUCUUCCUCCUGGGCUGAUGGGUUAGCUCUGUGUGCUCUGGUGCACCGGCUGCGGCCUGGCCUACUGGAACCCUCAGAGCUGCAGGGGAUGGGGGCUCUGGAAGCAACUGCUUGGGCACUGAAGAUGGCAGAGCAUGAGCUGGGCAUCACGCCAGUGUUGUCCGCACAGGCAGUCGUGGCAGGAAGUGACCCACUGGGCCUCAUUGCCUACCUCAGCCACUUCCACAGUGCCUUUAAGAGCACCCACAACCCAGGCCCUGUCAGCCAAGGCUCUCCAGGGACCUCCAGCGCUAUACUAUUCCUUGGCAAACUGCAAAGGACCCUGCAACGGACACGGGCCCAGGAAAAUGAGGAGGAUGUUGGUGGCAAGAAGCGUCGCCUGGAGGUAGAGGCUGCGACCCCAAGUACAGAGGAGCCACCUGUCCCAGAGCCUGGUGUACCCCUGACACCCCCAUUGCAACACCAGGAGGCCGGUGCUGGGGACGUGUGUGCACUUUGUGGGGAACACCUCUAUAUCCUGGAACGCCUCUGCGUCGAUGGCCGUUUCUUCCACCGGAGCUGCUUCCACUGCCAUAGGUGUGAGGCCACAUUGAGGCUGGGUGACUAUGGGCAGCACCCAGGGGAUGGACAUUUCUACUGCCUCCAGCACCUGCCCCAGCCAGGCCACAAAGAGGAUAGCAGUGACAGAGGCCCUGAGAAUCAGGAGCUCCCUACACCGGAUGAGAAUAGCAUGCCAUCAAGCCCGGCUCCCAUGGCCACCCAGGAGGAGGCCAGUCCUGUCCCAAGCCCCAGCCAGCCCACCCGUCGGCGGCUCCGCCUCUCCAGCCCAGAACGCCAGCGGCUAUCCUCCCUCAACCUGACCCCUGACCCAGACAUGGAGCCUCCACCCAAGCCCCCCCGCAGCUGCUCUGCCUUGGCCCACCAGGCCCUGGAGGGCAGCUUUAGGGGCUGGGGAGUGCCAGUCGAGAGCCCUCAAGUUCUUGUGGCCAUGGAGAAGGAGGAAGAGAGUUCCUCCUCCAGUGAAGCAGAAGAGGAGGAAGAGGAAGCUGUGGCCUUGGAGUCAGGCGUGGAAAAGACUCUGCGGACCCUUGCCGAGAAAUCAGGCACCAUGGACAAGUACCCAACAUGGCGCCGGACUCUGCUGCGCCGUGCUAAGGAGGAGGAGAUGAAGAGGUUCUGCAAGGCCCAGGCCAUCCAGCUGCGACUAAAUGAGAUCGAGGUUGAUCUGAGGGAGCUAGAGGCCCUGGGCAUGAAGCUGGAGCUGGCCUUGAGGAGCCAGAGCAGUUCCCCAGAACAGGAAAAGGCACUAUGGCUAGAUCAGCUGCUACAGCUCGUUCAGAAGAAAAACAGCCUCGUGGCUGAAGAGGCCGAGCUCAUGAUCACGGUGCAAGAGCUGCACCUGGAGGAGAAACAGUGGCAGCUGGACCAGGAGCUACGAGGCUACAUGAACAGGGAAGACCUAAAGACAGCUGCCGAUCGGCAGGCUGAAGACCAGGUCCUGAAGAAGCUGGUGGACGUGGUGAACCAGCGGGAUGCCCUCAUCCGCUUCCAGGAGGAGCGCAGGCUCUGCGAGCUGGCCUCGGGGCUUGGGGCCCAGGGCUAGAAGAGGGUGGGCUGCCUGCCUUCUUCCAUACAAGAGAGAUCACCUUACCCCAGGGCAGUGCCACCCUGCUCGUCUGGACUGCCUGGGAGAGGGCCUCACUGCUUAUAAUAAAAAUGUUUCUGCCACAAA